UAUGCCCGUAGCCGAGGCGCGAUGAAGGAGAAGUCCAAGAAUGCGGCCAAGACCAGGAGGGAGAAGGAAAAUGGCGAGUUUUAUGAGCUGGCCAAGCUGCUCCCGCUGCCGUCGGCCAUCACCUCGCAGCUGGACAAGGCGUCCAUCAUCAGACUCACCACCAGCUACUUGAAGAUGCGGGCCGUCUUCCCCGAAGGUGAGGCCGCUGGUGGGCAGCCGGAGCGCUGGGAGCCCGGCGGCCUCGGCCCAGGUUUAGGAGACGCGUGGGGACAGCCGAGCCGGGCCGGGCCCCUGGACAGCGUCGCCAAGGAGCUGGGAUCGCACUUGCUGCAGACUUUGGAUGGAUUUGUUUUUGUGGUAGCAUCUGAUGGCAAAAUCAUGUAUAUAUCGGAAACAGCCUCUGUACAUUUGGGCUUGUCCCAGGUGGAGCUCACGGGCAACAGUAUUUAUGAGUACAUCCAUCCCUCUGACCACGACGAGAUGACGGCUGUCCUCGCGGCCCACCAGCCUCUUCAUCACCACCUGCUCCAAGAGUAUGAGAUAGAGAGGUCAUUCUUUCUUCGGAUGAAGUGUGUCUUGGCGAAAAGAAAUGCGGGCCUGACAUGCAGCGGAUACAAGGUCAUCCACUGCAGCGGCUACUUGAAGAUCAGGCAAUAUAUGCUGGACAUGUCCCUGUACGACUCAUGCUACCAGAUCGUGGGGCUGGUGGCCGUGGGCCAGUCGCUGCCGCCCAGUGCCAUCACAGAGAUCAAGCUGCACAGUAACAUGUUCAUGUUCAGGGCGAGCCUGGACCUGAAGCUGAUAUUCCUGGAUUCCAGGGUGACGGAGCUGACCGGGUACGAGCCGCAAGACUUGAUCGAGAAGACCCUCUACCAUCACGUGCACGGCUGCGAUGUGUUCCACCUCCGCUACGCGCACCACCUCCUGCUGGUGAAGGGCCAGGUCACCACCAAGUACUACCGGCUGCUGUCCAAGCUGGGCGGCUGGGUGUGGGUGCAGAGCUACGCCACCGUGGUGCACAACAGCCGCUCAUCCCGGCCCCACUGCAUCGUGAGUGUCAAUUAUGUCCUCACGGAUAUUGAAUACAAGGAACUCCAGUUGUCCCUGGAGCAGGUGUCCACGUCCAAGUCCCAGGACUCCUGGAAGACCUCCUUGCCUACCUCACAAGAACCUAGGAAAUUAGCUAAACCCAAAAAUACGAAGAUGAGGACUAAGCUGAGAACAAACCCUUACCCCGCACAGCAAUACAGCUCGUUCCAAAUGGACAAACUGGAGUGCAGCCAGCUCGGAAACUGGAGAGCCAGCCCCCCCGCCAGCGCUCCGGCUCCCCCAGAACAGCAGCUCCAUUCAGAGAGCAGCGACCUUUUGUACGCCCCGCCCUACGGCCUGCCCUUCUCCUACCAUUACGGACACUUUCCGCUGGACUCUCACGUCUUCAGCAGCAAAAAGCCCAUAUUGCCGGCCAAAUUCGGACAGCCCCAAGGAUCCCCGUGCGAGGUGGCACGCUUUUUCCUGAGCACACUGCCAGCCAGCGGCGAGUGCCAGUGGCAUUAUGCCAGCCCCCUAGUGCCCAGCAGCCCGUCUCCAGCUAAAAACCUUUCUGAGCCACCGGUGAACGCUGCUCGGCACAACCUUGUGCCAAACUACGAAGGUGGGUCAUGUUUGCACGAGGGGAGGGGGCAGAACUGUGAACAGCAGUGGUGGCCGUGGUGGGUGGCAGAUGGAAAAAGGAUCCUCACACUUUGGGCAAAUUUUUCCUUUUUCUGCUUCUAAGUAGGAACUGCUCUGCUUACCUGCUCUCAAUGCAAAUGCUUCAGGAGAGUGAGAAAAGCCAGGUGACCGAGUCUGUGGGCACUAGUGACAACACAAAGGCCAGAGGAAACUGGGGGUUCAGCCACUCUUCAUAGAAAUCCUGGCUUUGUUUGCUCCCCAAAAGGGAGGCAGAGUGAUUUUCAAAAUGAGCUUCAGUGUACUGAGAAUGUUCCAGUUGCAUUUAGGAUAGAAGAUUAUUUUCCACCCCACCCAGAAUUGAAUAUAGGACACUAUCGGUUUCUUCCCAUGCCAGUUUUCAAAGUGUGGAAAACAGUGGUGGAAAUUCAUGGGCUCAAGGACAAAAAUACCACCCACCAAUCCAGGGCAAAUAACAUCAACCUUCCAGGACUCAGUUUCUUCUUCUGUAAAAUGGGGUCACAAGUCAUGAAAUGCCCACUCCAGGGCUUGGCACACAGUAGAUGUUUGCCCCACACAUAGUCAUUCAGCAACAGAAGAGAGGAUUGGCCCCUCAGCCAGGUCCUCCUGGUGGCAGACAAGCAGAUGUCCCCUGUGGAGGUGCCACGAGCUGCCCCAGGCCCAGGCAGACCCCGUCGGCUCAUUGGGCCAACGCCAGGAAGAGGGCAGAAGGUGGGCAUUAGCUGUAAGAUCCUGCUUCACCCACACCUAGCUACUGCUCAGUAUAGACCAAGAUGGUACAAAUGCUCUUGGUGGCCACUAAAUGCAUGGCAAAUGUUACAUGCCCCAGAAAAGCAUCACCCACCUAAAGAGGAGAGCUCGCUGGAGCUCCUGCUCCAACUUUCUCUCCCUGGAGGCAGGUAGGGCUCUGCUCCUCCUCAGGCCACUCUAGGGAGCUCCUGCUCAGGCCCCAUCCCUGUAAGGCUGGGAGACACAUCUCCCCACAUCUGAGAGAAGGGCCAGGUCAUGGGAGAAAUCUAACCUUCUUGGAGAUUACCAGGACAUGUUUUUCAAAAGUAGCCAACUUAGAAAAAACCAUUCAAGCACCCAAGCAGUGCGGCCCUACCUCCUGACCUUAUGGGUCCUGAGAGCAGCACAUUUCUCAGACUUGGAUCCCCAGCACCCAUCAGUGCAUUGGAUCCCUCCUGAACAGGCAAGGAAAGAAAGACAAAGCAGGGCAAUGAUAACAGCUGGAAAUACUAUCCACUUGAGCUUGAUUUUAAAUAGUUUUCUUUGUGUGUAGAAGGUCGCCAGUGAGAUAACACAUAGUGCUGAAUUUUAAUUGCUGUUUGAAAGUGAAAAAGGUUAAUAACCACCUCAUUUGUCACACACUUGAUAAAAAUGGACCAAAGGUGCACAUCUGGGGCAAUUUGUGAUCUGCUUCCUAGUCUUGAUAUUCACGGAAGGCAAAGAUUUUCUUAAGGUAAAAAACGCAGGAAGCUAAUUGAUUCCAGGCAUCCCAUCAGUGAGGGCGGUUAUUACUUUAAUUAUGAUAGUACUAAAGGGGCGGGGUGAAGAGGAGGGAAGAGCAAAGACUGGGGCCACCUACCGCUAGGGUGUGGAAGCCCCGAGACCAGAGCUGCCCACUAUUGCAGCCAGUAGCGCGGGCUGUGUCUGUACCGCAUUUCCAAGACAGAGACAAAGAAUAAAAUCUUUCAAUGAUUUAAAAAUACUUAUUACGUACUGAAAUGAUAUGCUGGCUAUGUAGCAUGAACUUAAGUAUAUUAAUAACAUGAAUUCCACCUGUUUCCAUUCACGCAGCGCGACCACUAAUACCUUUCCAACUGCAUCCUGCGCGUGGGCAGCGCGGCCUGGGCGCAUGAGGGGCGGGGCGGCCACGGGAGGAGCGCGCGGGCGGCGGGUGGCAGAGGGCUGGUGGCGGCGCCCGGGCCCUCCCGAGGGACGGCGUCCCUCUGGACCCGUCUCCUCCUUCCCCGGCGCCGGCGUCUAACGUGUCGCCUGUCCCCGCAGCGCCCGCCGCCGCGCGCAGGUUCGGCGAGGACACCGCGCCACCGCCUCCGCCACUGCCGCCGCCGAGCUUCCCCAGCUGCGGCCACUACCGCGAGGAGCCCGCGCCGGGCCCCGCCAAGGCCGCCCGCCAG